AUGCGCACGCCUAUCACGCAGUGCUUUGCGACACCUCUCAUCUUUGAGCCCGGCUCCGGCUUCGCAUAUGGUGGCGGGCUGGAGCUUGUGGGCUUGAUGAUCGCGAGGGCCAACAACUGCACGCUGGAAGCAUACAUGCGCCAAUACAUCUUUGAUGUGUUGGGGAUGGAUAAGACUUCCUUCUACGUCAAGCACAACAAUAUCGAGCAGGAGUUGAUGCCGAUGACCACCCGUCUUGCACCUGAUGCAGCUCUCAUACCUGGCAACCCACCAGAUAUGCCACUGGCACAGCCGCUGGAUCCUCAAGAUGAGUUCGGUGGCGGAGGUUUGUUCGGCAAUACCGAAGACUACCUCGCACUUCUAAAGUCGCUUCUCCGGAACGAUGGCAAGCUUCUCAAGUCGGAAAGUAUCGAGCUCUUGUUUGCUCCAUGUAUACCACCCGCGGCGCAGGAGUCGCUCGAUCAGACGCUGUCCGUCCCAGCCUACGCUGCCAUCAUGAUUCCAGGCGAUGCUCCGUUUGGCACUCCUGGUGCGCGGAAAUGGUCUCAUGCUUUGGGCGGUCUAGUAGCACUCGAAGAUGAUGCCGAAGGAGGCUUGAAGGCUGGCACCUUGCGAUGGGGAGGUGCACCGAAUCUGAAGUGGUGGAUCGAUCGCAAGGGCGGUACUUGCGGCAUCUUCGCAACGCAGCUUUUGCCCGCUGGCGAAACCCGACACGCGUACCUGGGCAAGAUGUUUGAGAGAGCGGUAGCUGCGAUGUAG